GAGCAGGAGCCGCGGCCGCCCGGAGCAGGGCGCCGCAGGGCUGCCCGCCGCGGUCGCUCCCGUGGCCAAGCGACGCCUGGUGUCGAAGGCCAGUCACAGAGCCGUGGCCGCGGUCCCGCAGGACGCCGAGGAGCGGGCCCCGGAGCCGGCCUACCAGCGCGGGGCCUGCCCGCGCAGGCGCGAGGACAGCCCGGAGUACGCCCCGCUGCACCUCCAGGACGGCGGCCAUGGCGGGCAGAGGCUGCCUCCCCGCGUGCCGCGCGCUCCCCA